AUGAGCCUCUACUUUGACCAUGAGGUGUCUGACCAUCAGGUGAACAGAGUGAUUGAUGUGGUCGGCUCUCGUGCCAAAGUAGUCCUGCCAUCGAACAGAAGCAAUGUGAUUCAGGUUUUUGCUGACAAUGAAGAAGAUUACCAAUCUUGUUAUCAUGAUCUCCAAAAAGACAUCGAUCAAGGUCAACUUUUCAUCCUAAGCCCUACGAACUUCCAGGCCUCUGAACAUACAUUGAUGUUCUACACUCCAAAUAAGGCCAAACAUUUAUCUUGUAUUACAAGCCCUCUUGACUUGAUUUAUAAUGAAGGAAUGGAAUAUGAUCAAUUCAACACCACCUUCAAAGAUAAACUCUUUAAACUCAGAGUAUCCCUCUACUCCAAAGAAGAUAAGACCAUGAUCAUGAACAAACUUGUUGGAUUCGAGGAAUAUCGAACUCUUGAACAAAUCAAGAAGGAAACGCCAGACACCAUAUGGCUGAAUGUAACUUUGAUCCCAACUUCUCCGAGAAGAGCAUCAAAGCUGGUGUCACUCUUUUGGCCAAACGUGUAA